AUGCAUUUAUCCCUUACUUGUAUUGCACAUCAUUCUGACGAUCUUCUGAACCCGUCUUCUCCUUUUACGCGCCUCCAUCAUCUUCCUACUGGCAUACCUGGUUCCGCUGCUGCUUUGUCACACAAUAAUGCACCCCUCUCAAGCAACAUUCAACACCUGCCUCAUAUGCUGACGCAUAUAGCCGCUUCACGCAGUCUACUAUUGACUGGUCAUUUACUUAUCUGCACUCGUCUCCUGGCUUUUGUUUCGACCGAGCUGCGUCGUUCUGUUGGUGGUGAUGGCGGACUUAUUCAGGUAACUUUGAGUUGCUCUUUUUUUCUUUAUUGCCCUGUACUUACCUGUAUUUCAUAA